CCGCAGAAUAAGAUGAGCCGGAAGUCACUAAACAUUCUCUGCCAGUACAUGGCGAUAUUUUUUAUAUUGAUGAAAACGUAAAAACUUAAAAUGACUUCCCCAGACAAAGAACACGCAAUUAAACGACCAGUGUCUCCAGGUGAAGUUGACCUGGGAAAUAAUAAAAGAAAGCACAAGUGUGUACAGCUGGUGGGAGCCUCCAAGAAAGAACACACUGGGCGUCUUGUCAUUGGAGACCACAAGUCAACAUCACAUUUCUGCAGCAGUAAGCAAAAUGCCCCCCUUUUCCACCAUGGGACCUUUUUUAGUUACCUGGGGGUUUAAAGGGAAAACUGCACUUUUUUGCCCAUCAUCCACAAUCCUUAUGUGAGACAUAAACACAUAUAUGUUCUUGAUUAUUGUUAUUAUUUAAAUAUAUAAUAUUGGACAUACUUAAUCCUCUAAUGUCAUCUGAAAAAGUCACUAAUGCAAUAAUUGGACUUAAUCAGUGGCGCUGAUUCUCACAUAGUCUGAACUAGUUCAUGUUCAAGUUCUUUUUUUACAAAUAUGUUGCGUUCAGUUCAACAUUCUUAGAAAAUUGAAUGUGUUCAAUGAACACGUUAAAGGUUUUUGAUAAAUCUUCCUGGGAUUUUGGUGGAAAAGGGGGCUAUACCUAAAAAAAUACUUAAAUGUGAUGUGUUAUAUCAGGGUCUUUUUUACAUACUGUUCCCUUGUAGCAGCAAUGACAGUGGUGGUUGUUGAUGGUUGGUUUCAUUGAAUGGCAAUGUGAUUGUAGCUACAGUAAGACUUAACACUGACAAAGAUAUUAGUCCAGAAGCUGUCACAGAAACAGUCUCUUCUAUUCAAACUUCUGCACCACCAUGGGCAAGACCAAAGAGCUGUCAAAGGACCUGAGGGACAAGAUUGUAGACCUGCACAAGACUGGAAUGGGCUACAAGACCAUCAGCAAGACGCUUGGUGAGAAAGAGACCACUGUUGGCGCAAUAAUUCGGAAAUGGAAGAAAUACAAGACAACAGCCAAUCUCCCUCGCUGUGGAGCUCCAUGCAAGAUUUCACCUGGUGGCAUAAGGACGAUCACAAGAAAGUCUCAGUCACCAGCAGAGGCUCAGAGCAAAGGGAUGAAAGAGCCCAAGAUGCAUCCCAGCGGGAGCAGCAAGUCUAAAGAUGCACAGCACAAAGUUUAUGAUCCACACCCAAAAGAAACGACAAGGCAAAAUGACAAAACUGUCAGAGUGGGAGAACUGAAUGCACAGAAAUGUACAGAAUAGCCUUUGUGAAAUCACUGUAGCCGGGGGGGUGUUACCUUUUGUAAAAUAAAAAACACUAAAAAUAUCUAUGGUUGAAAUAGUGGUUAAAGUAUGCUUGUUAAUGAUGGCACCUAUAGUGCGCCCUCUAGCGGCAGUUUGAAUACACAUCAUCCAUGCUGUAAAAAUGAAUGCAGAAAGCUACCAAUUAACAUAAGUUAAGAGUACAAAAUGUUUUUAUAUUUUCCAUUUGUCGGACACAGAACCAUAGAUGGUCAUCUACAGUGGGCGUUCAGGUCCGAGCCUAUCAAUGAUUAUAAUUAGUUUUUAAAGAAUUAUGCUACAUGUAUGUCACGUUGAAAUCUACUACAAUUAAAAAACAUGCGUAUUUUAGUUAUCACAGAUAAUCGCCUGCCACCUGGUGGUUUAUGCUAAGCUACAUUAACCUUGUGAUCACUUCAAACUUCUGAGGCAGAACAUAAUGUAAAUACAAUAAAUUUGUAUAUGAAUAUUAAAAGCUUAUAGAUUUAACAAUGGUAUAAUUCUGAGGGCCUUGAGGUGUUUUAUUUGUUUUCCUGACAUGUACCUGACUAGUGUGUAAAGUGUAGUGAUAUAAUCCAACCAGAGGCGGCAGCAUAAAAGUCACCGAAAGCACCGCUGCAACAGCAAAGGACGAUGAACCGGAAGUGACGAACAAGUCGUUGCUUGUACAUGGCAAUUUUAUUGUGUUAUUUAUGUGACAAAUAAGAGAGAACGCUUUUUAAAAUGACUUCUCCUGACGGAAAACAUGGAACUAAACGACCGGCAUCUCCAAGUGAAGAAGAGUCCACGCAGUGGGCUUCAGCUGACCUGGGAAGUGACGAGAGGAGGCAGAAAUUUUUACGGUUAAUGGGAGCUUCCAAGAAAGAACACACCGGACGUCUGGUCAUUGGAGACCACAAGUCAACGUCACACUUCCGCAGCGGGAACGAAGACAAGAAGAUCAACCAGCAGCUGGAGAUGCAGUACCAGCAGGGGAUGGACGGCAAGCUGUCGGGGCGCAACCGCAGACACUGUGGACUGGGAUUCAGCGAGUCCGAUUCUUUUGACGCCCCGCCUGUAGAGAAUCAGAGUGAAGCGCCACCAAAGCCAGAGACGUCUCCGAGUGAAAGCAGCGAGUGUAAAGUGUCAGAGGACAACGUUGGUCAUCCAAACCAAAGAGAAACCACAACGGAAAAGGACAAAAGCGUCCCAGAGAGGGGGGACCCUGAACGCAAAGAAAUGUACAAAAUGUCCUUUGUGAAGUCAUCGUAGGCGGGGUGAGGGACAUUUGUUGAUUGGUGACGUGUUCACCUGUAGGCCAAUCACAGCCAUUUUUUAUGAUUUCUUUAGCCCGAGUGAUUGAUGCUGACGUUUAGGUUUUUUUUCAGUGACUCCCUUUUAUUUUCCUUAUUGCUAAAAAUAAUAAAAGCACACACAGUAA